AUGAAGUCCAUCUUGGUUGGUGCCGCGCUGGCGACUUUCGCCACGUUUGUCUCGGCCGCUCCCUCGACUAUCGACCCUUUCGACUUUCGGGAGGCCGACCUCGUCUACCCUAGAAUGAAUUAUGACUCAGCUCAGCACGAUGCCAGAGCUCUCGGCAAAGGACAGUGCCUCAAUUCGAACGGCAGCUCGCUAGCCGGCUACCAGCCGGCUCUCUACACCGAGCCUGUCCGGCCUCAGAUCCACUUUUCACCCACGGUCAACUUCAUGAACGAUCCCAACGGUCUCGUCUACAGCAAUGGAAAGUGGCACCUCUUUUAUCAGUACAAUCCCACCGAAAACGUUGCCGGCAACCAGCACUGGGGUCAUGCCGUCUCGACCGACCUGUACCACUGGGAGAAUUUGCCCAUCGCCAUCGCUCCUGAAAAGGAGGGCGAGGGAAUCUUUAGUGGUAAUGCAGUCAUCGACUUUGAAAACACCAGUGGCUUUUUCAACGAGUCGACACCCAAGGAUCAGCGCAUCGUGGCCUUUUAUACGCUCAACACGCCAACUUCGCAGACGCAGCACCUCGCCUACUCGUCGGACGGUGUCCACUUUACCAAGUAUCCCGAAGCCGUCAUCUCGCGCAACCAAACCCAGUUCCGUGACCCCAAGGCCUUUUGGGACGAAAAGUCGUCGCGUUGGAUUGUUGCCCUGGCGCUCUCGCAGGAGUUUGGCAUAGUCUUCUACUCCUCGCCUAACCUGAAGGAUUGGACCGAGGUGAGCCGCUUCCAGUCGUCCGGUAUCCUCGGCUACCAGUACGAAUGUCCCGACCUCUUCCAGGUGCCGAUCGAGGGAGGGCCCGAUGACGGCAAGAUGAUGUACGUUUUGGCCAUCUCGAUCAAUCCUGGUGCUCUCGUGGGCGGAUCUUUCGUACAAUACUGGGUUGGCGACUGGGAUGGCUCCAAGUUCACCCCUCGCGACAAUGCUGUAAGGACUAUGGACUUUAGUAAGGAUUUCUAUGCUUUCAGCAGCUGGAACAACAGCCCUGGAAAGAAGGCCUAUGCCAUUGCCUGGGCUAACAACUGGCAGUACACCAACCAGGUGCCCACUUCGCCCUUCCGUUCGAUCCAGAGUCUGCCGCGUGAGCUUACGCUCAAGUACUAUCGCCCGACUCCCCAAUUUGGCGACCUGAUCCUGAACAACAAGCCGGCCAACCUGUCUGCCCUCCGAAGCAAGACCCUGUACAAAUCUGACAAUGGCAACAGCGCAACCAACAAGACUGUUCACCUCAAGGGCAAGGGCGCGUUCGACAUCACGGCAACGUUCAAGCUGCCUGCCAGCAGCAAGAUCACUUACAACACGAUCGCCUCGUUUGAGAUUUUUGCUGGCGAUGGCAAGCAGAGCGUCAAGACGGGUAUCCAGAUGGGCGAGCCUGCUGUUGCCUACAUCGACCGUCGAGGUGCUGGUCCCUCGUUUGCCGCUGAGAACCCGUUCUUCACCGACAAGACCUCGGGUAUUGUCCGCUACGCUGCCAACUACACCUCUGCAUCCGAUGGCGGGUCUGACCAGUACGUUCUCGGACCUCUCCCGACAUCGGCCUAUCUCGACACUGCUGGCAAGGAUCAGUACAUCAAGCUGCAGGCCGUUGUCGACAGGUCAGUGAUCGAGGUGUUUGUCAACGACGGUGAACUGGCCGGCACCUCGGUGUUCUACUUUGACAACGACGAGAUUCCUGCCAAGGUGACUGUUUCGAUUGGUGACAACCAGAUCAAGCUGGUCGAUCUCGAGGUCACUGCACUUGACUCGAUUUGGUCCAAGUGCAACAAGUGA